CUAGCUGCGCGUUCUCAUUGGCUGAUAGCGAGUGAUGUUACGCUGAUGUCAAUCACCGGCCGACAGGAAGGAGAAAACAUGGCCGGGGCUGGAGGAGAGGACAAGGAGCUGGAUGAUCUGCUAGAUAGCGCCCUCGAUGAUUUUGAGAAAACCAGCCAACCCCCUCCGCCUGCAGACUCUGCCCCAAAGCCCGCCGCCCCGGAUGGACCUCCUGGAGAUGCUGCCAAGGAUCCGCUCUUCAUGUCCCAGGAGAAGUUCUUCCAGGAGUUGUUCAACAGCCAGCUGGCCGCUCAGGCGUCCGAGGAGUUUGAGAAGGCAAUGAAGGAACUGGCCGACGAGGAACCCCAUCUUGUAGAACAGUUCCAGAAGUUAUCCGAGGCAGCCGGAAAAGUCGGAAGCGAUGAAACCUCCCAACAGGAAUUUACAUCUUGUUUGAAACAAACCCUCACAGGGCUGGCAAAUAACGCAAACGAUUUACAGAGCUCUGGUCUGUCGGAGGAAGAACUUGCCAAGGCGAUCGAGGGGCUCGGAAUUGAGUCGGACUCGGAGGGGAGCAUCCUUCCGCUCAUGCAGAACCUCAUGCAGAGCCUUCUCUCUAAAGAAAUGCUCUACCCUUCCCUCAAAGAGAUCACAGAGAAGUACCCGGAAUGGCUGCGGGCGCACCGAGAAUCCCUGCCGCCCGACGAGCUCCACAGAUACCAAGAGCAGCACAACCUCAUGGGCCGCAUCUGCCAGCACUUUGAGACGGAGGAGCCGGGAGAGGGCGAGGCGGCGCGCUUCGAGGCCGUCAUGGACCUCAUGCAGCAGCUUCAGGAAUUGGGACACCCACCCAAAGAGUUGGCCGGUGAUUCGCCAACCGGGCUCAAUUUUGACCUCGAUGGAAUGAACCUUGCCAAUGCUGGGAAUGCCAGUGGAGAGCAGUGCUUGGUCAUGUGACCUGUUUUUUUUGCCGCCGGCCAAUCAGAAUGAAGACGGAGCAAUCUCUCUGUCUCAUCGCCUGAUGCUGUAGGCUCUGGAGGAGGAGUAUCUGGAUGAACGCGUCUCCCGCGUGUUCCUUACAGGUGCAUGAUAUCCACACGCUCCGCACAGGGCCGACACGCUCCGCGCCGAGUACUCGUCAUAGAAUGUAAUUGUUUCCUUCGUGUGAUAACCAAGCGGCCUUACUU